AUGAAGAGUAUAAUAUGGCUAGUUUCAAUUAUAAUUUUUUGCACUGCCACCGCACUUGGUGCGAAUCAAACAUCCACGACGAAAACAUGCGUUGUCCCAGCUCAUGGCAACGGCGAAGAUGACUCCCCAUCGAUCAAGGCAGCAUUCAAUACCUGUAGACACAAUGGACACGUUAUAUUCUCAGAGAACCAGACAUAUAGCAUUCAACAGGUUCUCCAGCUGCACAACCUCAGCAACGUUCAUAUCGACUUGAGAGGUACUUUAUUGUACUCGACGGAUGUGCGCUACUGGAUCCAGCACGGGUCAUACUAUCCAUUCCAAAACAUAUCAAUUGCAUUGGAGUUAUCGGGAGAUCACAUCACUGUUGAUGGACAUAAUACAGGCGUGAUUGAUGGCCAAGGCCAGGUCUGGUAUGACUUGGCCCUUGGUGUGGGUGGAUUGUUUGGACGACCCAUACCAUUCUCUUUUCGCAAUGCGCGAAACUCAAUCGCUCGGAAUUUCGCCAUCAGACAAUCUGGAAAAUGGAAUUUCGUCAUUAUCGAAUCGAAGAAUAUCACAGUAGACAAUAUCAAGCUCACUGCACAUUCUGAUGAUUAUCAGGCAAAUCCUGGAAACCUUGGUAAUACAGAUGGUUUCGACACCCUUUACAGCGAUGAUGUUAGAAUUUCAAACAGCUACGUUGAUACAGGAGAUGACUGUGUCAGUUUUAAGCCAGGCUCAACCAAUAUUCAUGUCAAGAACCUAACUUGCGUCCAAACGGCUGGAAUCGCCAUCGGAAGUCUUGGUCAGUAUCAAGGCCAGUUUGACUUGGUAGAGAAUAUCACAGCUGAAGAUAUCACGCUCAAACACAGCCGGAAUGGCGCCUAUAUCAAGACCUACAACGGCAAAAGUGUCUACUAUCCUCCUCAAGGCGGUGGUAACGGGACAGGUCUUGUGCGGAACGUUUUAUUCGAAAACUUUCACAUCGAGGAUAUCACAGCAGCGCCAGUCUUACUCCAGCAGUGUACCCAUUGGGCUGGUUGGGGUGUGCCUCCAUGCGCUGAGUACCCAUCGGCGGGCUUCACAUUCAACAAUAUAACCUGGCAUAACUUUACUGGAUAUGCUAAUGAAGCUAUUGGUAAUACGACUAUCUCUCUGGAGUGCUCGACAAAAUCUACGUGUACGAACUUUCGCUUUUCGGACAUCAAUGUUCGACCUGUAAACGGUUAUGCAUCAGCCAAGUGUACGAACGUGAGCGGUUUAGAUGAUCGAUGUCGACCGUCUAGUUAAGCAGGAAGCAGCUCAAUCGUUAGUGAUAUUGAGAUUAUCUAUCUGUUUAAGUGUGUUGAGACAGGCAGCUCGAAAAUACAUAGAUUCAAAUGCAACCACAGGAAAAGGUUUUUAUCUUCCUCUUUAGUGUGAUAUAGGAAAUAGUCAUAACACCAGAUCAGAAGAUCUAUCGGUUCUUAAGAGAAUGAAUAUAUAGCGGAGCAAUGAUCUUUUUGCCUCCCCGGUCAACUGGGAUUGAGCUUGGUCGAGGAGAGCAGACCUCCAGACGGCCAUGCGCUAUAGCCCGGUUCGAAAAUAAUCCUUAACAGGAAGGUGAAUUAUCAAGUAUUCUAGAUCACUGAUACUGGAUAAUAGUAAGUUGAGUAUCUCAGAAGCGGGGCUGACUUUGGAUCACGCAAUUGCAAGGGCGUCUUGUGGGCCACGCGUUAGUUACAACCAUUAGUUGAAUCAUGUUUUU